AUGCCCACGUCAAGUAGCAUCCUGCAGAAGUUCCUCAGCAACGGUUUGGCCUUCGGCAAGUCCACCAAACUGGCGCUGGUGGUCCGUUCCGACAUCAAGAUGUCCAAGGGGAAGACGGCGGCCCAGUGCGCCCAUGCGGCGGUCAUGUGCUACCAGAGCUCUGUUCAGGGCACCAAACUCCAAAACGCCAUCCUGCAGCGAUGGUGUCGCCUGGGACAGCCAAAGAUCGUGCUGCGCGUGGACAACUACGAGCAGCUGAGCUCGCUGGAACAGCAGGCCCAGCAGGCGAACGUGGUGGUCGCCAUGGUGCGGGAUGCUGGGCGCACUCAACUGGAAUCGGGAACGGCCACGGUCCUCGGAUUGGGGCCUGCUCCUGCCGAGGAUCUGGACAAACUGGUGGCGCAUUUGAAGCUUUUGUGAACUCUUAGGUUUAUGCAACGUUACAAAUAAAGUACAAGUAAUCAAC